AUGGGGAGGAAAUCAAUGUGUCUUGGAAUGCUACUUGUACUAUUGUCAAUGCAAUUUUUGGUUAUUGGAAUAGUACGAGGAAGAUCGUUGAAGGAAGAUAUCAAUUCAAGAAAUGAAGAUCAUGUUGAAGGAGGAGUUGGUGGUGGAGCUAGUGGAGGUGUUAGAGUUGGAGGUGUAGUUAGUGGUGGUGCCCAAGGUAGCGGCAGUGGAGGUGCUGGAGGUGGAGAAAGUUUUGGCGGUGGUGGUGCUAGUGGUGGAGGAUUAGGUGCUGGAAUAGUAGGUGGGGGAAGUGUUGGCGUGGGAGGCAAGGUUGGUGGAAGUACUAGAGGAGGUGGUGGAUUAGGUGGUUUUGUUGGAGGUGGAGGUGGUGGAGGUACUGGAGUAGGAGGUGGAGGCGGAGGAGAUGUAGGUGGUGGAAUCGGGGGAGGUGUUGACGUUGGUGCUGGAGGUGGAGUAGGUGGGAGUGGCGAUUCAGGUGGAGUCGUAGGUGGUGGAAUUGGGGGAGGGGGAGGUGCUGGUGCUAAAGGUGGAGGUGGAGUGGGUGGGGGUGGCGAUUUAGGUGGUGGAAUUGGGGAAGGGGGAGGUGCUGGUGCUGGAGGUGGAGUAGGUGGGAGUGGAGAUUUAGGGGGAACCGUAGGUGGUAGAAUUGGGGGAGGGGGAAGUGCUGGUGCUGGUGUUGGAGGUGGAGUGGGCGGGGGUGGCGAUUUAGGUGGUGGAAUUGGGGAAGGGGGAGGUGCUGGUGCUGGAGGUGGAGUAGGUGGGAGUGGCGAUUUAGGGGGAACCGUAGGUGGUAGAAUUGGGGGAGGGGGAAGUGGUGGUGCUAGUGGUGGAGUAGGUGGGGGUGGCGGUUUAGGUGGAAUCGUAGGCGGUGGAAUUGGGGGAGGGGGAGGUGUUGACGUUGGUACUGGAGGUGGAUUAGGUGGGAGUGGCGAUUUAGGUGGAGUCGUAGGUGGUGGAAUUGAAGGAGGGGGAGGUGUUGGUGCUGGUGCUAGAGGUGGAGGUGGAGUAGGUGGGGGUGGCGAUUUAGGUGGUGGAAUUAGAGAAGGGGGAGGUGCUGGUGCUCGAGGUGGAGUAGGUGGGAGUGGCGAUUUAGGGGGAACCGUAGGUGGUAGAAUUGGGGGAGGGGGAAGUGCUGGUGCUGGUGCUGGUGCUGGAGGCGGAGUAGGUGGGGGUGGCGAUUUAGGUGGAAUCGUAGGCGGUGGAAUUGGGGGAGGGGGAGGUGUUGGAGUUGGUGCUGGAGUAGGUGGGGGAAGCGGUUUAGGUGGAAUCGUAGGUGGUGGAAUCGAGGGAAGGGGAGGUGUUGGUGCUGGUGUUGGUUCUGGUGUUGGUGUUGGAGGUGGAGUAGGUGGGGGUGGCGGUUCAGGUGGAAUCGUAAGAGGUGGAGCAGGUGGAGCUGUAGGAGGUAGCGCUGGUGGGAGUGGUGGAAUAGGAGGAGUUGUAGGAGGUGGAGCUGCAGGUGGAGUCGGAGUUGGAGGAAGUGGAAGUCAAAGAGGUAGAGGUAGGGGCGGCGGAGAUAUUGGUGGUGGAAUUGGUGGAGGUGUUGGAGUGGGAGGUGGUGCCAGUGGUGGAGUUGGUGGAGGUGGAGGUGUUGGAGUUGUAGGACGAGGUAGUGGAAGAGGUGGAGGAGGUGCUAGUGUUGGUGCUGGAGGAGGAGUUGGAGGCAGUGCUGGUAUAGGCAGUGGUGUUGGAGUCGGAGGUGGUAGUGCUGGUGGAGUAAGUGGAGGUGUAGAGGCAGGAGGCAGUGGUUCAGUUGGAGGAGGUGUUAGGGCAGGUGGCGGUGGUGCAGUUGGAGGAGGUGUGGGGGCAGGAGGCGGUGGAGAAGUUGGAGGAGGUGUUGGGGUAGGAGGCGAUGGUGCAGUCAGAGGAGGUGUUGUGGAAGGAGGCGGUGGUGCAAUCAGAGGAGGCAUUGGGGCAGGAGGAGGUGGUGCAGUUGGAGGAGGUGUCGGGACCGGAGGAAGUGGUGUUGGUGUAGGAGGAGGUGGUGUUGCUGGAGGAAGUGUUGGUGUUAGAGGAGGCGCUAAAGUUGGAGGAGGUGGUGGCGUUGGAGCUGGGGGUGGUGGUGGAUUAGGAGGAGGUGUUGGGACUGGAGGUAGUGCCGGUGUUGGAGGAGGCGCUAGUGCUAGAGGUGGUGGUGGAUUAGGAGGAGGUGUUGGGACUGGAGGCGAUUUAGGGGUUGGGGGUGGUGGAGGUGGAGGUGUUGGAGUUGGAGGUAGUGGUGGUCUUUGA